AUGCCUCCAGACACCUCCGAGUCAGCAGAUGCUCCCAAACCAGUGAUGGAGGAACUCACUCCCCUCAGAUAUCGCAUCCCUGUAUACCCUCCAGAGGAUCUUUUUCACCUCGGCCUUCCGGAAGACCUACUCCCCAUUACUGUCCGACAUGAACUUCACUUUGGCGUCGCCUUCUCUCUUCCAUGUUUCUUGGCGUUUGCCCGCAAAAUCAGACCGAAUCUUCCAGACAGGAUGACAGCAGCUUUCGAGUUCGGCAUCCGCUACCUCAGAAGAAUCACGACGAUACGCAACCUGUACCCCGUGCUUGUGCAGAAUCCAGGCAGUUCAGUGCUUCCCGACGAGCUGGCCGACGAGGAAACGGGCGGUGUCUGGGUCUUUUCAAUCUGUAGUUCUGACCGUCCCUGGGCGGAGGGGCAGCCAACGCGCAAGGCUGUACUCGCUCUAAGCCGAUUUUUGGAUGAAGACUAUCACUGGUGGAGCCUUCGAACGCCCAGCAUUUCCCUGAAGUAUCACAACGGCCAAAAGAUUUCAGCUACGAUUAUAACUGCCAUGCCUCCGUCCACCUCUGAUGAAUCAGCAGUUGCUCCAAGAGAUGCUCCCAGACGGGUGAUGGAGAAACCCACUCCUAUCAGAAUGCGAAUCCCUGUAUACCGCCCCGAAGAUCUUUUCCGCCUCAGCCUGCCGAAACGCUUCCUCCCCGCUACUGCCAUCUAUGAACUUCACUACGGCGUCGCCUUCUCUCUUCCGCAGUUCCUAGCUUUCGUCCGUAGCAUCAAACCGGAUCUUCCAGACAGGAGGACGUCAGUCUUCGAGUUUGGAAUGAGGUACCUCAGAAGGAUCACAACAAUACGCAACCUGUAUCCUGUUCUAGUCAAGAAUCCGGGCAGUUCAGUGAUUCCCGACGAGCUGGUUGACGCGGAAACGGGUGGCAUCUGGGUUUUUUCAAUCUGUAGUUUUGACCAUCCCUGGGCGGAAGGGCAGCCGUCACGCAAGGCUGUGGACGUGCUGAGCGGGAUUGUAGGCGACGACUAUCACUGGUGGCUCAGCAGGCAGCCUAAGCCUCCGAAAUAGAACAUGAGCUGUAGACGUUCGAACAUUGGUUGUCAGCCCGAUAGUUUGCAGCCUUUCGGCAAUGUGGCUGUCAAUUCUUGCCGCCAUGCAUAUAAUAACAUUGCUUCUACUGUCCUCCGAACGUUCGCAGUAUCUCAAACACGUCUU